AUGAGUUAUAACCCAACUGAACCAUUGCCUUAUGAUUCAUCAGAUAAUUGUCCUAUUUAUAAUCCAUUCCUGGGAGCGUCCUGCGUUAAUGAAACGGAUGAGGAGCAUGGGGGAGAAGAAUACACGCCAUUGAAGAAAUCAAGGAGAGUCAUUUCGUCGAAUUCCUUGUCGGCGUUUUUGCAAAGAACUAAAAGAGACAGAGUUGGCAGCAGAAGCAGAAGCAGAAGCAGGAUGUCCAGUCGAUGGUUUAGAGGAGACGAGUGUUGCAAAGUGGGUGGUGACAGUUGCAACUCUUCUAAUGCAUCGUCACCAUCUUCUUCUGACUUGGAAAGUUUACCUGAUUUGACGGACGAUGAUGCUGAUACUCCGGAUACAACUCCGGUUAAACCGAGUCAUAAGUUUACAUUCCUAGAGACAGUAACACCAGGAAGGAAACUUGAUUUUACUGGGUGCGACGAUGUUACAUGCCAGUCACAAGAGGUAGUAGCACAUUCACCAUCACUUGAAAUACCAAACAGAACUUCUCGUACAUCCUUAUUCGACGUUCCUGAACUUGUUCAUCGUAUACUCUUGUUUGUGGAGGCCCAGAAUGAUCGUCAACCCUGUGAAACUACACCGAUUCGAAGGAAACCCACCAGUUAUAAUCACGCCUUGUUGAUAUACGGAGAUCGAGAGCUGGCUCAACGAGCAAUGGCUGACGAUUGUGUGCAACUUCAAAAUGACCCAGUUUCCAACCCUUUAUUCAAUUGUCUUCUUGUUAAUAAACUAUUCAAUAGAAUUGCCAGGGAGAUUAUUGCUAAGAAAUUCUACUUUUCCAAUGAUGCUCAAUUCCAAAAGUAUGCCAGCAGCAGCAGCAGCAGCAACAUCAACACUACUAUCCCCAGCUGUUUUCCAAUCAAGUUUAAUCCACAGCUGUUCAGUCUUUAUAAAUUGUUCCGCAGCAAUCAAUACUUGUUCAAUAUGGCAGUUUCCAACAUUAAUUUCCACAAUCUCACCUCAUUUGAGUUGUUUAUGUGCCCCAAAAUAUACCCUUCAUGGAACAUAUUCCAAUCUUGUGGAUCAACGCUACAAACACUAGUACUCACCGGGUCCAAGUCCAUUGAUGAUGAAUUUUGUUUUAUGAUUAGUCGGUAUUGUCAAAAUCUAACUCAUUUGGACUUGCGUGCAUGUGAAUUGAUUACUGAUUCUGGGUUGUAUCACAUUUUCAAAAAUAAUCGCAGCUUGCAACUGGUCAAUGUUGGUCGUAAACAUAAGGGGCAUUUGAUUACUGAUUCUUCAAUUACAACAUUGAUCAAGAAUAAUUGUCAAUUGCAUACAUUGGGACUUGCUGGUACAUGUAUUUCCGAUGUUGUGUUGUGGCAAACGGGUCACCACUUGAAACAAUUGUCGCGAUUGUCGCUAAACAACUGUCCCAGAUUGACCAACUCUGGUGUGGCUAAUGUGUUGAACCAGCCCGGUGUGUUUUCUCACUUGACGGUGUUGGAGUUGCGGUUCAAUUUGCAAUUGACUGAUUUGACAAGUUUGAUUCGAUUCAAGAGUAGGAAACAGUAUCAAUACCAACAUUGUCACAGUCAAAAGUCCACUGUUUAUGGAGAGUUGUUGCUAGUUGAGCUAUGUGAAACUCUCAUGUAUAGAAUGAGGCGUCAAGAGUUGGAUCUAGAUAAGCUCAUUUCAAACAGGAUAAUGCAUGAUAUCUUGUACUGGAUUAAUGAUCAAUGGGACAGUGAUGGGGAUUUGCCUUUUAUAGAGUUGUUAAAUAGCAGAAAGAGAAAGCGUCAAUAG